CUGCCUUAUGUAAUCCUCCGCCUUUCGCAACCUCCGUCCACAACAGCCGUACUUAAUGAUGAACAUUUCUGGGACACUGAACGUCUUUCGACUGCUGAGAGACCCGACACUCUGUCUUCCACAGCAGACGAUAUCGACAUUCAACCAUCUGCCAAUACCCCUAACGAAGGCGUUUCCAAAGAAGACAGGUAAAGAUGGAGAGAACGAGGUCGAGAUCCAGGCGGUAGUUCUUGACAAAGACAACUGCUUUGCUAUCCCCCAUACUGAUGAAGUUCAUAAACCUUACAAGGACCACUUUCAACGCCUCCGCGAAGCGUACCCUGGAUCAAAGCUUCUCAUUGUUUCCAAUACGGCCGGCACCAGCUCAGACCCAGGUCUUAAGCAAGCAGCAGUCCUAGAGGCCAACACUGGUGUCACAGUCCUUCAGCAUUCGACCAAGAAGCCCGGCUGCAAAGACGAAGUCAUGGCCUACUUUCGAGCGCAUCCAGAUUCCGGUGUCACGAGGCCUGAUCAGAUUGCUAUCGUUGGUGACCGACUGUCUACUGACAUCAUGAUGGCGAACAUGAUGGGAAGUUACGGCUUUUGGGUCAGAGAUGGUGCGGUGAAGCCAGGUUUUCUUGCAAGGAUGGAAGACAAAUUGCAGGGCUUCCUUUUUCGACGAGGUUACUCGGCACCAGAUCCUAGACGCAAUAACCAUUUCGAAUGACGCGCAAUUUUUCAGGGCCGACCAAUGCGUAAUGCAUUCUAGUUGUACGAUUAGUAGUACGAAGUAGAUUGAGGAGAGGCGUCCUUCUUGGGACAGCGCCCUCGGGGAGGUGGU